CCCAUCUGAAAUGUGACCAUUGGUCGAAAAAGUUUAUGCAUCUUGAUUUAAGCAUUGUCUACAUCGUAAUUAUUACGAAUAGAAUGGUUGUGGAAAAGCAACGCAAGACCUUAAAAAUUGUUUUGGCCUACAACAAUGUGCCGGGUAUCGAAACAGCCUUGAUUCUGACAAUUUCAACUCGAUACCUAAAACUUCGGAUUGCAUGAACAGGAAGUUAAAAACAGGAAGUGCAAUUUGACCGCAACGAAAGACGCGAAAGCGAAAGCAAACUCUAGCAAAGUCGUUGUCUUGUUAGUGACUGCUCUGGGCCUAGAUUCUACUUUACGAUGGCGUGUUCUCAAAGUUCUGAUGUUAAAGUCUCUCCACAUGAUAAGGAAAUUUUGAAUCAGAUAUUUAAUCCGGGACUACCCUAUGGAGAUGAAGUGGACGAUGAUGGAGCAGAAAAUGUCGAGGCUGUGGAAGAGACUGAAGCAAUAAAGAAAUCUAAGGAGCUGGAGGUACAAGGUGUGAAAGCUGCUGAAGCUGGGGACGUGGACGGUGCCAUCACUUUCUUUGGCCGGGCAGUGGUAGAGGCACCAGAUUGGCCAUCUGCCUACAAUAACAGAGCCCAGGCCUUGCGGCUGAAAGGAGAUGAUGAAGGUGCUAAAAGAGAUCUGGAAAAAGCUUUGGAGCUGAGUCAACAUCGUGGCACCGUGGCCUGUCAAGCCUUCACUCAGAGAGGACUUCUCAGAAAACGAGCAGGGGAUGAUGAUGGUGCCAAGGAAGACUUCCAGCGGGCUGCGGAGCUUGGAGGAGGCUUUGCCAAGCAGCUGUUGGCCUCCAUGAACCCGUACGCGGCGCUGUGCAACCAGAUGUUGGGAGACGUCAUGCAGAAGUUGCGUGCUGGACAAGGAGAAAUAUAGGUUCAAACUUCGAAGGUUUUUUUUUUAGCUGGAAGGUUUUCGAAUCUGCACCCUAUUUGAACAGAAAGGAAACAAAUUACUGUCAGUGUUUAUGUAUUUUUUGGACAAAUUAUUUGGCACUAUCUAACAGACUCGAUUUUUGUUACAUUUUCAAUUAGACCUACCCACCCCCCUCCCAAAAAAGCAUUAAAAAUUUUAAUACUUCAAAAUUAUCGUUCAGCGUGUAGCUAGUUGAUACUUGACACAGAUAAACUGUUGGCAUGUUUAUUAAUGGGACAGCAAUGUCUAUUUGAAUCUCCUAUCGUUCAUGCCAGAUAACAGUGGUCUGUAGUAUUUGAAUGAGAAAUUCUUGGAAGGACAGAGAGGAGAGAAGCGACAAAUUAAAUUGUUGCCAUUUCUUGAGUCGUUUUGUGAUGUGAAAAAAGUUUUUACUUGUACAAGUAGCCUACAAGGUUUCUGUUGUCUAACGUGAAUGGAUGAUGAUGCCAGCCUUCCAGAGCAUCAAAUUUUGUUGCCAGUAUUUUACUUUUUUCUUGUGAAUGUUCCUUCUGUGGCAGCUAUAACACAGAGUUUUAUUCUAUUGGAAGAUAUAUAUAUAUAUAUGUAUGUACUGUUGCUAUAUUUUCAUUGUAAGGCACAAAUGAUUUCGUCUUUCUGUUUAUAUGUCUAUACAAAGAUUAUAUCUAUACAAAAUCCGUGAGCGUGGUUGUUUGUUUGCCUCUGUUUUGUAAGGGGCAUGACUAAGGAGACUCACCUUCUCCGAUAGAACUGAUAGAACAAAAUUAUUAAAAUAAUAAUUGGGAGAAAAAUAUCCUACUCUCUAAGCUCAAAGAAACUACUAUGAUCUCUGUCUGUAAUCACUAUGUGCAAAAAAUAAGCUCUGCUCAAAUGCACUCUCUGGUCAUACGAUGGAGUUUUUUGUGAAGUGAAUGUCCAAAAGAUAUUUGAAUGGUCUUUAUAAUAUCUGGUAAUUGGAUUUGCUGUACCUUUUUGAUUCUCCAAAUGCUGGCUUAAAGCUUGUUCCUCAUAGCUUGAAAGAAAAGUCUCAGAAUAUCAACACACCUUUUUACUGGUUGGUGCUGUGUCAACUUUACUCACUCUCAAGAGUCAAUCGAUGAAUAAAUUGAGAUUUGAAUUUCUUUUAAUGUUCCAAGGGAAUUACUACAUAUAGAAUUUUUUCAGAGCCAAAUGAAGAAAAGCAGAAGCAUCAUUACCCAGGUUUGACAAGGGUUUCUCGUAAAAAGAUACAUUUAAUGACCAUUCCUGCAUCAGCUCUCAGACAUAUACUACUGUAAUGCUUUUGGAGGAGUGAGGGGGAUGCAGACUUUUAGAAAGUCUGAAUAAAUAAGAACAUUUGUUGUUUUGUUUAUGCCUGAUGAGUGACGGUCAGACAUUCUUAAUAUUAUUAUACUUUACUUUGUCAUCAGUUUGAUAUUGUGAAGAACCAUGGAUUUAGUUUAGGGUGCAGGAUUCCAAUUUCUUCAGAAAGUAUCUUGACAUAAGUUAGAUAGCUGCAAGUAUGCCUUGAGCAUGGUUAUGGAAUUUUGUCGCAAACAGUAGUAGUAUAUGGUCUGAGUACAUAUGAGGAAGUGGGUGUUUGCUGCUACUUGUGUGCCAGAAAGGUCAGCUUUGGAAUUCUUUUUGCAAAAGAAAAAAAAGAUUGAAUUAAUUUGAUAUUUCUGUUUUUUUCUGCACGUUUGGUGUGAAUGUUCUCAACAUGUCUUUCUAAACAUAACUGUGAUGCCUCUUGAACUCACUCAGUAAUGUGACUUCUUCUGUGAGGUUGACUUUACUCUUUACAAAGCCAAUACCUGAGCAGAGUUUUGUAUUCUUUGUCUGGCUUUUGUGGGAACAUCUCUAUGCAUAUAUUUUGUGCUUUUCUUUUAUGACGUGUUAUGAGCCUAGUAAGGUUAAAGAAAGAUGCUGUUUGUUUGAUAACAGUUUGACAAUCCAGAUUAUUAUUUACGCUGAUCCUAUUUUUGUUGUUGUCCGAUUACCCAUUCUUAUAUGUACUUUUCAAAGGUUGUUUAAUGAACGUAUGAGAAGGAUGCUGAAAAAAUGAGUUACUCUCCGAAUUCUGUUCCUAUGGACACAGAUAGAAUCAAAUUUGUAGUUUGGGUUGAUACAAUUUAUCAUAUGAAAUUAUAAAAGGCAUGUUAGAUUUGAAGAAAAAUGUAUCUUUAAAAUUUGCAAAUUUGAUUUGUCUAUUUUUGGCCUACAUCUCCUUUCGAGGAUUGUGAGAAGUAACUCAUUUUGUCAGCACACCUCACAUGUAUUUGAUCUUGUGCCUUCAAUUCCUUUCGUACUGUACUUGAAAAAGAUUCCAUCUUCAAAAUAUCAGAUCAGAAUUUACUCUAUUUUUACUCAAGACUUUUCUAAUGUGAUACUUGACAGCAUUUAUCUGUACUUUGUCUUGCAAGAGAUCUAUUUUGGUUUAGGAAACUCAUUCCAUAUUACAUGUAUGUCUUUCAUGUAAAUGCAGUUUUUCCAGAAACCUAUAUGUAUUGUUGUUGUAAACUAGUUUUGCAGAUUGCAUUAUUUGUUGUUUUUAUUUGUUUUUUUAUUUAAGACCAGAAUUUGAUUUUUUGUCAUGAUUUUAAUAUAUGAAAGAAACUUUCUGUCUACUGUUGUACUUUUCUAGAGAAAAGUGGAUAAUUGGCUCCUCUUCCAUGUCAGUUUAGAUCUAUAACUUUAACGAGGCCACCUUUAACUUGGAAAAACUGUGCCAUAUAAAUGUUUUUUAAAUGCUGAUUUGAGAUAAAGUGUAGACUGCGCUGCAUACUUGAAAAUUAUGAAAAAUUGUUCUUUAAGACUUCUAUUUUAAAAUGCCUGUAGUAGUUUUAACAGUGCGAAAGACUUACAGCAUUACAUGGGUUCAAAAGUUUAUUAUUACUUUGUUCUUUUCUUUUCUUUUGUGUCUUAUGAUAAUGGAAAUAUGGAAUUUAACUUCACAGAGUUAUAAUGGUAAUAAACAUAUAUAUAUGCAAUGA